CCGAGAAAGGUUUGUAUGCCUGGGACUUCAAAGUCUAAGAGAGUUUUGAUUUUGUACUGCACAUGUGGAAGACUUAAGUGUAACAUGGUGCACGCCUGUAUAAAAAACCUCUGGAGCAUGCAUCCACCAGGACGCUUCCCAUGCCCUCUGUCACAUCAGGUCAGCUCUGCGAGCCAACAGAAUCCAGCUCUCUGUUCCGUGCGGAGUGACGGUCACUGCUGGCUUGCGGUAUCUGGCUCUUUUGCCAUGAUCUCUGCACAGCAGCCAUCAUUCCUCAACAAAAUUCAAAGAACAAUGGACUGCCAAUCCGAGGAAGAAGAAACUUCUGAAGAGCAGUAUGACUCUGAAAACUGCACUUGCGACUCUGAGCGUUCAGAAUCUGACACAGGCUCACCAGUAACUCUUAAAAUACUGCAGAACUGGGUUCCCAGAGUUUCACACUAUUUUGACAAGGAGCACUAUACGUAUGUUGGCCACCAGAUUGUCAUUCAGGAGUCCAUAGAGCACUUUGGAGCUGUGGUAUGGCCAGGGGCACUGGCUUUAUCUCAAUAUCUGGAAUCAAAUCAAGAACAAUUCAACCUCAAAGACAAAAAGGUUUUGGAAAUUGGUGCUGGAACAGGCCUGCUUUCCAUUGUGGCCUGUAUCUUAGGAGCUCAUGUUACAGCUACUGAUUUGCCUGAAGUUCUUGAAAAUCUCUCAUAUAAUAUUUCAAGAAACACACAGAACUUGAAUAUGCACAAACCUGAAGUGAGAAAACUGGUAUGGGGAGAAGGCCUCGAUGAAGACUUUCCUAUAUCAACUUACCAUUAUGAUUUCAUACUGGCAACUGAUGUUGUGUACCAUCACGGGGCUCUGGACCCCCUGCUAGCAACAAUGGUGUACUUUUGUAAGCCAGGAACAGUAUUACUAUGGGCAAAUAAAUUCAGAUUCAGUACAGACUAUGAAUUUUUGGAAAAAGUUUGCACUAUAUUUAACACAACCAUUCUAGCAGAAUUUCCAGAAUCAAAUGUCAAGCUGCUUAAAGCCACAGUAAGAAAGAAUUAAAGAGAAAACUAUUACUGAUCUUGAUUUAGUGGCAGCACCUCACAGAUUGGAAUACUUUCCAAGAUUACGUUGCACCCUCUGUGCAUUUAUGGUUAUAAAGUUGCAGUUGCAUUUGAGUUUUGCAUUGCAAGUAUAAAAAAAAACCCA